ACCGCAGUAGGAAAUGAACCAUUUAAGAAUGACAGCCCUCUAAGAAGGAUACUUCGGGGGAUGCAUCAGUUCAAUAGGGGAGGUGGAAAAAAAAAGCAAGAAAUGGACGUCUAGUCUGGUAGUUGCCUAACUCUUCGGAAACCCUCAGCAACUUGUUCAGCAUUUUUCGUGCCUGUGAAGACUCUCUGCUGGGAGGAUGAGUCUCAGCACGUGUGAUUAUUGGUGGAUAAACAUUGGCAUCUCAGGUGUGACCUCUAUCUUCUAUGUUCUUCUCCUACUAGUGCUUUACAUCAAGCUCAGCAGGAAAAUAGACAAUCAUUCCUGUAGCAAUCAGGUGAGCAGCAGCAGCCCUUCUACAAAACCAGAACAACCCAACACUUGCCAGGCAGCAAAUGAGGUUUUGAAAAGGCCACGCAUCCGGGGUGACAGUGGCACUUCCUCAGACAGCUCCGAGAGCUCAGACAGCAGCCCUUCCACUAGGCAGUGUCCUCGGUCAGAAGAAGGGGUCGAUUACACAUCCCUGGUCUUCCAAGCUACCGGUCGCAGUGCAAGCACUGCAGGGGACUAUGAGAACAUGAAGAUGGGAGCAGACUAUGUCAACGUGGAUCCCCAAAAAAGGAAGGUGGAUUUCUGGACCUGCUCGAGCCCUGUAUCUUCCAACCCCGGAGAAUAUACUGAAGUGAAAUUGUGAUUAUUGAGAUGCUAUUAACUAAGUUUUCCUUAGGAACAUCAGAAUUGCCACAGCAGGUCAAAUCAGUGAUCCAUCCUUAGUCAGUAUCCUGUAUCUUGUCUCUGCACAUUUCACAUGGGUCACUGGCAACCUGUUCAUAUAGGUAUGUUCCUCCUAAUCCUCGUCAAUUAGUGGCUGUCAUGUCCUGAAGCAUGAAGCUUUAUAUUCCUUAUAACAUUUUAUUCUGCCUAAUGUAACUGUGCAUGUUCUUGUUAUCCAUACAAAGGUCUCUUCCUUUCUGAAUCCUACAAAGCUCUUGGCUGUGUUGAUACAAUGCAGCAGUGGGUUCCACUGGUUAUUCACAGCUUGUGUAAAAACAGCAUUUCCGUUCCUCAGAGAUAAACAUGCUCUUCCAUUUCAUUGGCUUCCCCUUGUUCUCACGUUAGAGGAGAGAGUAAUGAAGAACACCCAAUAAAUAUAAUACGGGGCCAAAUCCUCAGCUAGUGUAAAACCUAAUUCAACUUCAAUGGAGCUACACCAACUGAACUGGCCCUUUGA